UCGAUCAAAUCACUCAGCAAUAUGUUAAUAUGUAAUUUUCUUUUUUAGUCCCCAACAAAGGAUCGAAACGUGUGCCCGCAUUGACCGUCUCUCAGUCUCAUGCUUCGAGGGCAUUUGGCGUCGGCGCAGGCGCACAAACCCCACCUCGCUCCUGUGCUGUGUGCAUUCGCAUUGUGUCUAAACAGCGAUCGAGCAAACAGAUAUUUUACCAACAGCAGUAAUGUCGGGGAGGUCGGUUCGCGCGGAGACGCGGAGCAGGGCGAAAGUUGAUAUCAAGCGGGUUAUGGCUGCAAUUGAAAAAGUGCGGAAAUGGGAGAAGAAAUGGGUGACUGUUGGUGACACAUCACUGCGAAUUUACAAGUGGGUACCAGUGACAGAAUCCAAGUCAGAUGAUAAGAAUAAAAACAAGAAGAAGAGCAAAGAUGACAAGUAUGGUUCUGAGGUCACAACACCUGAGAACAGCUCUUCUCCAGGAAUGAUGGAUAUGCAUGAUGAUAACAGUAACCAGAGCUCCAUUGCAGACUCAUCUCCACUAAAGCAAGAGAACAGCAACAACACAAGUCCUACACCUGAACCCACGGCAGCUUCUCAGAGUGACGGCAAUGACUUGAAAAGUGACCAAUGUCCUUUCAAACAGCCUUCAUCUGGUCAGGAUCAUAAGGAACAAAAUCACAGCUCAUUAGAGUCUACAACAGCUAAAAGGGACAGCAAGUCACAGGCGGAUUCCGAACACCUUUUAGUCUCUUCAAAAUCGGCUCAGGAAUUGGAAGAUGGUGCUCCCCCAAGCAAAAAAGGGAAAAUGGAUUCUUCCUCUGAGGAAAGCUAACUGUCUUUUGGCAGUAUUUGGCAUGACAUUUGCGAUACCAGUUUCUUUUCUUGAAACACAUCACAAAGAAAAGGAGUUUUUUUCUUCACUUCUACAGCCUUCACCACAACCAUCCAUUCACCUUUACAGAGAAAACCAUUUGUUUCUUGCAGUCAUUUUCCAGUGUUGAGUGCAAGCCUGGAUCAUUUAAUUCCAUAAUAGAUGGGAACAUGAAUGGAGUAAAAGUUCAGAAUAAAGCAGAGAUAUUUUACAGAUCUUAAAAUGGUUCAUGCUACCCUACAAUCACUACAUGGUACUUCUUUUGCAAAGAUCAGUAUUGUCAACUGAAACAGCACUGGAACUGCCAUAGUUUUUCCAAAUUGGCACUGAUAUCAAUUGCCAUUUGCGAUCUUUAAAAUUUGUAUCACUCACCUUUUCUUGUUCACUCAGGAAGGUCAACACACUGUUUUUUAAUCAUGCUGAACGUAAACGAUUUCUGCUGCUGUAGUUUGAAUAGUGAUAUUUCACCUUAAGUAGCUAAAUAUUAAAAAAAAAACUACAUUUUCGAAUGGUACUAGUCACAAGUUGUCAUUCAAGUUCUCUUAUGAAGACUGUAGCCUGUAGCAUAGGUCUUAUUUGGUUGAGCGCAUUUGUGUUACUUGGAGAUGGGUGUUUUCUACAUACAUCUCAAAGUGCCCACAUUUUGCUUCUCAUUUUAAUAUCCACUAUUGCUCAGUUAAACUGUGGUGUUCAAGACAAGCUUUGAAAUGCUGGUUGCCAUUUUAACAGCACUACAACCUUUCACUGUACACAAGGAAUAAAAAUAAUUGCAUAAUUUUAAAAUGUCAAAUCAAAGAAAUAGUUUUAUCAGCAACUAUACUGACUGCUUGUGUCGUCCAAGGAAUUAAUGUGACAUUGAUUAGAUUGUAACACAGGCAUGUUAUGGGUGGACAGCUGUGUGAAUACCUCAUUCUCAGACCAGCAGUGCUGGAACGUUAACACUAUGACUUAUUCUAAAUUACUCUGUUAUGUCUGCUUGAAAAAUAAAAUGUAUAUAUUUAUACUAAGUUUUGCUACCCUUAUGUUUUUGCCACAGUAUUUCACCAAACUAUUGCCUUCUGUAGUUCAAUAUUUGAAACUUUUAGCAAAAUGUAUUCAUUGGGACCAAAUUGUUUUGUUUCCCUGUCGAUAAUGGAAAUGUCUUGUACAGAAGUAUGGUUGUGUGUAACCUAUUUAUUCCACAUGUAGUUUAUUGGUUUUCUUCAAAAUAUAUAA